AUGCAGUUUCUGAUGGGUUUGAGUGAUUCUUUCAAUAAUCUGAGAAGUCAAAUUCUGUUAAUCGGACCAUUUCCCUCCAUUAACAAGGUUAUUGCACUUGUGCUUCAAGAAGAAAAACAAAAAGAGGUGCUUACUGAUUCUACACCUAACCUUGAAUCAAUUGCUGCAUUAUUGACGAAACAAGCACCUAAUCUUGAGUCAAUUGUUGCAUUGAUGGCUAAAUCUGGAAAACCUGGCAACUCAUCUUUCAAGCAAUCUGGCUUCCGCAAAGAUCGUCCUAUGUGCAGUCAUUGUGGAGACACAGGACAUACCUCUGAUAAGUGCUACAAAAUCCAUGGUUUUCUACCUGGAUUCAAGUCUAAAAGAGCAACAACUCAUUCAAAAAAUCAAACAUCUUCUUCCGCUGCAGGUCAAGAAAGGAAUGAAAUUCCACAAUUAACAUUUACUCAAGAGCAGUGUCAGCAAUUGCUUGCAAUUCUUAAGCCUUCUACUUCCACUCCUCACUCUGGGAAUCAGAUCACCUCUCUCCAAAAGUCUCAAGUUCUACAUCUCUCUCAGCUAUUAUUCUUCCAACUCCACUAUCUUCUCCUUGUGAGAGUUUCUCAGGACCUAUCUACAUGGACAACGAUUGGGAUGGGUGAAGAAAUAGCUGGUCCGUAUCAUUUCUUGCAACAACCUUUGGUUGGUUCAUCUAUUGCUUCCUCCUCAGUUCAUCAAGAUUUUGAUUUGUGGCAUUAUAGACUAGGUCACAUUUCUUAUUCGAGAUAG